UUCAGUUUGACAGUAGUGUGCGCCCUCUAGGCCUAAAGACAGUUUGGAAUAAAAUUAUUAUAGUCUUAAAAAAGACUUAGAUUAUCAUGUAUUAUUCGACAAAAUAUAGAAGACCGAUUUAAAGAAAGCUUCUCAACAAAGCAUGCAAAUCACGUCACUCGUCGCCUCAAAAAACCGAGAGAGAGAGAAUUUAUGUUGAUUUCGACAUGACAGACUACGAAGUGUCAGUUCAACAACUCAACGAUCUGUUGACAGACGAAAAUGGAGACUUCCACAUGCCUUCUAAAAACUUUAAUGAAGUCUACCCCGGAAUACUCCUUGGGGACGAGUCUGUCGUCAGAGAUGUGACCCGUCUGAAGCAGCUGGGAGUGACACACAUCCUUAAUGCAGCGGAAGGCGAGUCAGACAUGCACGUGAACACUAGUGCAGAGUUUUAUUCUGGAUCAGGAAUCAUCUAUCAUGGAGUACCAGCAUUUGACUCGGACCAUUUUGCCCUCAGCAGAUAUUUCAAAGAGGCUUCUGAUUUCAUUAAAAGGGCUUUGUCAAUAAAAGUUUUUACAGGAAAAGUGUAUGUUCACUGUCAGAAAGGCUACAGUCGUUCAGCUGCCUUGGUCAUUGCAUAUCUGAUGCUGCAUCACAGGAUGUCUGUACAUAAUGCUGUGGCCACAGUAAGAGAAAAACGUGAAAUUGGACCAAACGAUGGAUUUCUACGUCAGCUUUGUGACAUAAACAACCGGUUGAGAGAUGAAGAAAGAGUGUGUGAGAAGUAGUCGAUUUUUUCUCACAUCGUUAUUUUUUGUUAUCAAUAAAUAUUUUUCUCUGUUAUGUCGAGCUUUUUAUUUUUCUUAUUGUAUUUGUUAUAGAUGAUAUAUACAUACUUAUCGUAUAUAUAUCAUGAACAUUUAUUUACUUGGAGACAUGGUUUAUUGUAGCAAACUGCUACAAAAUAGUGCAAAUGAGAAAAUGUGCUGGAAACAUUAAUCUAAGAGGUGACUUUAACAAAUAUUAGCAGUCUGUCUACAUGCAAACUACAAUUUCUUUGAAAAAUAACAUUUAUAGUUUUGGGGACUGGUGAGUAUGUGUCAUGUCAUGUGGAAUGAAUGUUUUCUGCAUCUCCUGACCUCUAGUGGUGCCAUGAAUGAUGAAAGACAGUAAAACAGUAUUUCCCUCUGAGAGCAGACUUAGCUCAUACAGAUGAUUGACUGCUGAAUUUAUCUAGAUAUUGUAUGCAAUACCUAAAUUCACAUUAUAUUGU